CACGUGAUUGUCUGAACAUCAACUCAGCUGUUGUGGGUCUAUGGGAGAGACUACGAGAAAAUAUUCCACGUAAUAGGCUCCAUCAGCCACUUCCCGGGAGGGACUGUAUGUAGCAGGGGCAUUGCUGGUGAAAUUUGGAGAGAAAGAAGGGAAUUGUCGCACCCACCUUACAGUAACAAGCCGUAUUGGUGGAGGAACCGAUAAAAUACGGGACAUAUUUGCGAGAGGAAGGGAAAAAAUGGAGUUGGAGGACGGAGUUGUGUACCAGGACGACCCGGGGACAACGGCUAUGAUGUCGGAAAGGGUCUCGGGCCUGGCCAGCUCUAUUUACCGUGAAUUUGAAAGGCUCAUAGGGAAAUACGACGAAGACGUUGUAAAAGAACUUAUGCCGCUUGUUGUCGCGGUGCUGGAGAAUCUGGAUUCUGUUUUCGCAGAGAAUCAGGAGCAUGAAGUCGAGCUCGAACUGCUCAAGGAGGACAACGAGCAGCUCAUCACCCAGUACGAGCGGGAGAAAGCACUAAGGAAGCAUGCAGAGGAGAAGUUCAUUGAGUUUGAAGACAGCCAGGAGCAGGAGAAGAAGGACCUUCAGAAGAAUGUGGAGAGGAUGGGAUCUCAAUCUCGCCAGCUUGAGCUCAAGAUCAAGAACUACGUCGACCAAAUCAGCCGGCUGGAGGAGCGCGAGGCUGAGUUGAAGAAGGAGUUUAAUUCACUCCAUCAGCGCCACACAGAGAUGAUCCAUAACUACAUGGAGCACGUGGAGCGUAUUAAACUCCAACAGAGCGGAGAAGCGUCAGACACAGGAACUCUGGGAAGAAUUCGGAAAGAGCGCCCCCUGUCUUUGGGGAUCUUCCCCACGCCAGGCGGGAACGCUGCCCUCACCCCCGAGGUGCUCGGAAGGGGCGAGACGCCGGGUACGGAGGGCUGGAGAUUCAACGACCUCACCCACCCACGCUCCAAUGCCAGCCUCAAGCAGCUGGAGGAGGAGGACUCCCAAAAGCGGGAGGGUAAGAGGGCGCAGGAGUCUUGGGGAAAUUCGCUGGCAGACGACUGCAAGGACGAGCUAUCCGAUUUGACCCCGAUGUCCACCACAGCCUCGGAGCUUGGGGAUGGUCCGGACAGGAACAGCAAAAACAUGGAGGUGCCAGCCGCCCCCGGAACCAAGUCAGUUUCCAUCGGUUUGGCUGAUAAUGAGGACAAAUCCGAUGUGCAGGCCAUCAUCGAGUCCACGCCAGAGCUGGACAUGGACCUCAGUGGCUACAAGGGAGCCAGCACACCGACUAAAGGCAUUGAGAACAUAGCGUUUGAUCGUAACACAGAGUCCCUGUUUGAGGAGCUGUCCUCCGCUGGCAGUGGCCUGAUCGGAGAUGUGGACGAGGGGGCCGACCUGUUAGUGGAGUACUCUGGUAUGGGUCGGGAAGUAGAGAACCUAAUUCUAGAAAACACACAGCUGCUGGAAACAAAAAAUGCCCUGAACGUGGUGAAGAACGACCUAAUUGUGCGCUUGGAUGAGCUGAUCUGUGAGAAGGAGGGGCUCCAGGACGAUCUGGACGCUGUGCUGGAGGCCAAGAGCAAGCUGGAGGAGAAGAACAAGGAGCUGGAUGAUGAGAUGAAGAAGAUGCGGGUGGAGACUGAGGAGGCCAAGAAGAAGACCACAGAUGAGGAUGAGGAAUGGGAUGUGCAGAGUGACGUGACGACGGCCCAGAGGAAGCGCUUCACGCGGGUGGAGAUGGCCCGUGUGCUGAUGGAGAGGAACCAGUACAAGGAGAGGCUCAUGGAGCUGCAGGAGGCCGUCAGGUGGACCGAGAUGAUCCGGGCUUCACGGGGUAACCCUGACACCAGUGAGAAGAAGAAAUCCAGCAUCUGGCAAUUCUUCAGCCGGCUCUUCAGCUCGUCGGGCUCCACGACGACCAGCCCGGCCCUGAGGAAGACUCCGGAGCUGGGCUCCAACGUGAAGUACAACGCCCCUGGCUCCAUGAUGAGGAAGAGCAGCACCUUCUCGCAAUUCCCCACCGAGAAGUCCAAAGCCUUCGACUUCCUCAGCGAAGGGCUGGACCCGUGCAGCUCCCCGUCCCGGCGGGAGAUGAAGCGCUCUCAGUACCGCGAGGUGAAGGCCCACGUGCAGAAGGAGGACGGGCGCCAGCAGGCCCACGGCUGGAGCCUCCCCAGCAAGUCCAAGGCCACGAAUGGAGGACAGGUUGAGAAUAAGAACUUGCCUGUUCCUGUGUACCUGAAGCCCCUGGAGCUCAAAGAUACUGCCAUGAAGGUGUGGUGUGCGGCCGGAGUCAACCUCUCAGGAGGUAGGCUCCGAGACGGGAGCCCCCUGCUGGCGGAGAGCGGCGUAGCAGAGACUGAUUGUCUCAAACAGAGGAAAGGUUCCCAGAGCAGCCUGGACCAGCUGGAGCAGCAGCCACAGCCGGAGCAGGACCCCCAGGCGGAGAUGUCCAGCCGCGUGUGGCUCUGCGCCAGCACCAACUCGGCCACCAAGGUCCUGAUCAUGGACGCCAGCCAGCCCGGCACGCCGAUGGAGAGCUUCUACGUCUGCAACUCCCACGUGCUCUGCAUCGCCAGCGUGCCAGGUGUACUGGAGUCGGACUACCCCGCUGGAGAGGAGGUGCCUCAGGACCUGGAGGCGGGGCAGGGGCAGGGGCAGGGGGAGGGCUCUCUGUCGGGCUCGGUGGGCUCUGGGGGCAGCGACGGGGCGCUGAGCGGCGUGUCAGCCGUGGGCUGCACCUCUGAGGGGCCACCAGGGGGCGCCACGUCUCAACCCGGGGGAUCCCCAGCAGGGCACAGCCCCAGAGUGAAUCUCUCCAGGGAGGCCAGUCCGGACGAGGACGGCGUGGCCACGGCCGAGGAGGCGACAGAGGCCACGGAGGAUGAGGAGGAGGGCCAUGGCGCGGAGCCCAGCCAACCUGGCAUCUACACGGAGCACGUGUUCACCGACCCGUUAGGUGCCCAGCCUACGGAACCCAACUCAACCACAGACACACAAGCCAGGGAGGUGCUGGGGGAGGCUGACGGUGGCUCCCCAGACUCCAUCCUGCAAGACUCUGCACUAGACGAGAGCCAGAGGAUGAGCAGCACCCUGGCCACCAUGUGGAUGGGCGCCCAGAAUGGAUGUUUGUACGUUCACUCGGCGGUGGCGCGCUGGAAGAAGUGCCUUCAUGCUGUCAAGCUCAAAGAUUCCAUCUUAAACAUUGUGCACGUGAAAGGCCGUGUCCUGGUAGCCCUGUCUGAUGGGACUCUGGCCAUCUUCCACAGAGGGCAAGACUGCCAGUGGGACCUGACCAACUACCACCUGCUGGACCUGGGCCGGCCGCACCACUCCAUCCGCUGCAUGACGGUCGUCCACGAUAAGGUGUGGUGUGGCUAUCGCAACAAGAUCUACAUCGUCCAGCCCAAGGCCAUGAGGAUAGAGAAAUCCUUCGAUGCCCACCCUCGCAAAGAGAGCCAGGUCCGACAGCUGGCGUGGGUGGGGGACGGCAUCUGGGUGUCCAUCCGACUGGACUCCACCCUCCGCCUCUUCCAUGCCCACACCUUCCAGCACCUCCAGGAUGUGGACAUCGAGCCGUACGUCAGCAAGAUGCUGGGCACGGGCAAGCUGGGCUUCUCCUUCGUGAGGAUCACCGCACUCAUGGUGUCCUCCAGCAAGCUGUGGGUGGGAACAGGGAACGGCGUCAUCAUCUCCAUCCCCCUCUCAGACGGAAACAAAUCAGCCCACGGCACCCCGAGCCGCCCAGGCCGUGCUGUCCGUUUCUAUGGAGAAGAGAGUGUGGACAAUGCCACGCCAGGCUCCUUCGUACCCUAUUGCUCCAUGGCCCACGCUCAGCUCUGUUUCCAUGGCCACCGAGAUGCAGUCAAGUUCUUUGUAGCAGUGCCAGGUCAGGUGUCUGUCCCUGGCUUAGCAAGUGUGGAGGUAGGCCCAGCAGACCCUGAGGCCCCGUCGACAGAUGCCCAAACACAGCAGCUACCCCAGAGCAUGCUGGUGAUGAGCGGUGGUGAGGGGUACAUCGACUUUAGACAGGGUGAUGAGGGUGGGGAGACGGACGAGCCUCUGGACUCCACCAUGAUGCGACCAGCGGGCGCCACCAAGACCGAGCGUAGCCACAUCAUCGUCUGGCAGGUUGCCACUGGUGACGAGUGAGAGCCCCAACAGCCCUCCGACUCCCCUACCCUCCCGGCCUCAGCCUCGGCCUUGGGUUCGACAGAGCACUCCACCCCCUGACAGCCUGCACGGCCCGCAUACACACAUACACACACACACACACCUACACACCUGUUCAACAGUCCCCUCAUCAUUAUCAUUGUCUUUUGCAUUCUUAUUACUAUUACUGAUAGUAUUAUAAUUAUGAUCAUUAUUAUUACUAUUAUUAUUAUUGAUGUUACUCUUCCUUGGCGCCGCUGGGGUCUGCCAUGGCGUUUUACUAGGUAGGGGACCGUGCAGAAGUCUGGGGGGUGUUCCGUCCACAGAUAUGUCCUCCCACCGUUGGCUCUGGUUUCCCAGAAGCCCUUAUGGCUGCAAGGGCAGGGGCAGGGGUUAUAGGAGUUACUGUACAGUCAAGCCUAGUGCCACACACUCAAAAGGAACCGACGCGAUGAUGUACGCUCCGAACAAAAACAAAAGGGAACAGUGAAGUUGUCUGGUAAUGUUUUUUUUAUUAGACUUUAUUCGUUUUUCUCCCCUCCUACGUUUUUCUCGAAAAAAUAUUUUUGUACAUAUGUGUGUAUCAUUGUCGAUGUGUGUGUGUAUGUUUAUGUAUGUGUGUGUGGGCGUGUGUGUAUGUUUAUGUUUGUAUGUGU